CUGCCGAGCGUGGGCGCCGGUGGAUCUGGGAAGAACUGGGCCGCGAGACUCCCGCGCACGCGACACGCUCCCCAGCGCUUGCUUCCUUCCGCGCGCUCCCCCUCGUUGGCCAUCGCGCCCCCCGGAGAAGACCCCGCCGCCGCCGCCGCCGCCGCCGCCGCUCUACAGCCAUCCGGAAAGAAAUUAGAAACGCCGCGAGGCCACCGUCACCGCCAUGCCAAAGAAUAAAGGUAAAGGAGGUAAAAACAGGCGCAGAGGUAAGAACGAGAAUGAAUCUGAAAAAAGAGAGCUGGUAUUCAAAGAGGACGGACAAGAGUAUGCUCAAGUAAUCAAAAUGUUGGGAAAUGGACGAUUAGAAGCAAUGUGUUUUGAUGGUGUAAAGAGGUUGUGUCACAUCAGAGGGAAAUUGAGAAAAAAGGUUUGGAUAAAUACCUCAGACAUUAUAUUGGUUGGUCUUCGAGACUAUCAGGAUAACAAAGCUGACGUAAUUUUAAAAUACAACGCAGAUGAAGCUAGAAGUCUGAAGGCGUAUGGCGAGCUUCCAGAGCAUGCGAAAAUCAAUGAAACUGAUACAUUUGGCCCUGGAGAUGAUGAUGAAAUCCAGUUUGAUGACAUUGGAGAUGAUGAUGAAGACAUUGAUGAUAUCUAAGUGGAACUCAGCAUUUUACAUUCCAAUUUUUCCGAAGAUUGUCCUGCAGUUUGGAUUUUGGCCAUGACCCUUAAAGAAGAUUGAAAUUUCAUUAGCAUGAUUGCAGUUUGUUCAGGCAGACUGAUUUAUUUCUUUGAAAACUGAUAAUGUUGAAUGAUCUUAAGUGAGAUGUUAAGGCUACCUUGUUCUUUUGAUGUAAUGGAGCUUAUGGGUAGAAGACCACAUCUAUUUAAAAAAAAAAAAAAAAAAUUACUGCCUAUCCUGCUUUGACCACUUCCAGUAAGUAAAUAGAUGUUUUGAAUAAGCCAUUUGUCUUGUACUCAUUAUGGAUUCUGAAUAAGCCCUAGUUUUGACUAGUCUGUACAGUGUGUUCCUGUAUACUCUAGUUACGUAGGUGUUUCCUAAAAUGUAAGGAAGACAGAAAUCUGCAUUUGAAGUAAAAAAUGAUGUCUGGUUUUCAUAUUUAAGUAGUAUAUGGCUAUUUUUAUACUAAUUUUGGUAUCAUACACAUUCUUUUCAUGAUCUUAUUUUGCCAUAAAUAUAUCUAUAAAAAGCAUUUCUAAAAUGUAGUUUUUAAGAAACUGGGUUUUAAUAACAAUUUUGAAUUUGUAAGGUUGGUAGUUACAGAAAUUGAACACUAGGUGGCACACAGUUAUCAUUGGAAAUAUUGAUAUAAUUGUUGACUUUUUUUUUUAACUUACUAUGGAUAGGAAAUUUCCCAACCAAAAAAUUGAUUAUGUGCAUGUAUGUAAAAUAUUUUUACAGAACAAAAAAAUUAUGUUAAAAGUGUUAUUUUUCAGAAGUCAUAUACAUGUAAGCUACAAUUUUGAGUGCUUUAUAAACAGUUAAAGUAUAUAUAAAUGAGAUUUUAAUUUUGUGACAACGUGUACAAAUUAAGCCUUUUUCAACCUAUCCCUAAGCUAGGGAAAGAGAAGGAAAUAAUAAAAAGAUGGUCUCCAGUUUCUGAAUGGAAGAGAAAUACAAUAAAAUAUUAUGCUGCAGACUACAUUAUGCCCUUACUUUGUGUUAAGGAUACAUUUUACUUGGAUAGAUUUUUGUUUUUCCCUCGUAUUGGGAAUUUUGGUUUACGCUUCCUUAUUCAGUUUUUAGAUAUCAACUCAAAAAAUGAAGUUAAGGUUGGGCUAAUUAGACUUCAGCCACACUGAAAUCAUGUGCAAUUUGAAAAAAAGACCUACAUUGUAUAGAUUGUGGAAUUUUUCUUGAUUUCCAAAGAACUUUAUAGUAAUGAAAUAUAAUGCACAAGGCAGUAAACACACACAUGGCUUCAAAAUACCUUCACAUGCCUUCAAAAAAAUAAGCAAAUCUUCUCGAAUCAUACUCUUGCUCUGAUUUCUUAAAUGUGCAGACUCUAGAUUCAAAAUCUGAGGUACUGUAAAGCAUUAAGUUAAAGAAUGGCAAUUUGAAUAGAAUGUAUAGUUUGUAACACCUGUUUGCUUUUCUUUGGAAUGUCUGAACACUUAACUAGGUGGAAUGGAUCUGAGGCCAACGGCUGGUUUUUAAUAUUCAUGGAAAACCAGCCUUGAAAUAUUUAUUUAGCAAUUGUCUUCACCUGUAACCUAAAGCCAAGAUAUUUAGGCUCCUGUACAUAAAAGUAUUUUGCAAAUUUUAUGGUAUCUGUAGAUCCUUCCAAGUUAUUUUAUCAAGAGUAUUUGAUCUCUGCAUAUGUGAUACAGUUCCUAUUCAGGAUAGUAUAAGUCGGACAUUAGCUUCUCUACUUCAGUCCUGUAAUAAAUAUGGUUUAUCUGGAGAGUUUUUAAAAUUAUGACUAUGACCCCAGUUCAUGUAUUUGCUGGUGAUAUAUUUUUUCUUGUCUAGGUAGUAACCACCCAGUCUAGUGCUGUUGCAUCCUGGAAAAAUCUCAGAUCAUGAUUAAAAUAGUUGAGGUAAAGUUGUAGCUCAUGCAGCGCUACUUGGGGGAAUUAUUUUACUAACAUAUAUUUGAUGUGGAAAUUUUAUAGUUCUAUUGAUUGGAUUGUACUUCAAGUAAGGAAUGGAAGUGGUCCUCAAGAAUUUCUUUUUAAUAUUUUUAGCUAUAUUCUUUGGCUCCUAUAAUAUACUAUAAUGCUAAGAAAGAGAAUAAAAUAUUUGAGAAAUCUUAAGAAUGAUGGUUUUACUCUUAAGAGGGUAUAACAGUUACUACUCAUGAAUUUGAGAAGGUUGGAUUUUUUGUGCAUUUAUCCCACUUCCAGUUACAAUAUAAAUAUGUUGUUUUACUAAAGUGACUAAAUAACCAAACCAAGCAUUUGUGUGUAAAAAGACUUGCCAAGAUUUGAUUGUUUGAUUUGUUUGUUGAAUCUUUCUUGCACAUCCAUCUUCUGAAGAGGCUUCUUAUCGUUAAAAAGUAUCCUCAAGAGUCUGUAAACUCUGCAUGGUGGAAUUGCUUCUCUUUUAGUGAGGAAUGGCCGUUGGUUUACUCACCACAUCUCUGGAAUCAUGACUAAAUGGUUGCUUAUAAAACUCUUUGUGACUUGUACUUUAGCUUAAUCUCAUCUGUCUUACAUAAACAUUAAGUUAUGAUGUUGACAUCUUUAAUAUAAGUAUAAGCUGCUGUCAGUAUUGACUUCAGAAUAAUUCUGAGUAGUCAAAUAGAUAAAAGCAUGUUUUGAAUAAAAUACCUAGCUAGAUUUCUACUGUGUACAGAUUUAACAUCCAGUAUUGACUGGCUGGACAGUUACAAGUAUCAGAAAUGAAAGUGAGGUUCUUUGUGUUACCUGACUGUCAUAAUUAUUAAAAGGAUUUGUGUUGGUAUGAUGUUUAUUGUUAUCCUGCUUAGUAAGGGUAAGUUUCACUUAGACUUUUGGGAUGCACAUGAACUUUUGCUCACUACUUUGUUUUUGGUUUACUUUCAACCACCAUCCUUUUAUCCUUGCUUUUUUUUCUUCCUAGUCAAAAAAGAACAAAAUCUGAAUCAAGUCUUACUACAAGUGUGAAAAGAUACUAGGCUCUCAGGUAUCAGAUGAGUACCACAAUUUGGAGAGUGUAUUGGACUUGUCUUCCCAGCUGCCAGGUAUUUCUGAGGCAGUGUGCUGGAAAGAAGAACGUGGGUCCUGGGCUCAGAUAGCCUGUACCCCAAGCCCUGUAAGAUGGAGAUAAGAACACUACUGCCUCUCAGAAUUAUUGGGGAAGAUUCAUGAUUUAUAGAUUUUUUUGGAUGUGUAACACCUACAGCAGUGUCUGCCUCUUCACUUGAUAUCCACGAUUGUGUGUGAUAGAAGAUGCAUGUCUUCUGUAUUCUCUCUUUGCCAUUUGUUUACUUGCAAUCUUUGAUUCCUGUGAAAGAAGGAACAUGUGGAAUAUAGUACAUUCAUGUCAACAUGAUCUUUAAUUGCUACCAGCCUCAUUUAAUUAAACAUGAGACUAACAGAUGGAAGUUCCUGAGUUGCUUGAAGAUAUUUUACAGAAUUUCAGCUGCUCUAUAGUACAUUAAAGUUUAUAGUUAUUAAUAUUAAUAGCUCUGGUAACAUUUUCAUUUCAAGUCUUUAAUGAAUCCCUUUAUGUCCUUUUACUAUAUAGAUUAAUGACAGCUCAUUAGUGCUGACUGAUUUGCAAGUUUCCUUUCCCAUCAUUUGGAAAUGAUGUAAAGAAAUCACAUGGAAACUAGUGCAAGUAGAAAAUAAAAUAUGAAAUGACUUUCAA